AUGCUUCCCCAGAUUUCGUCAGGAUAUGGCCUUCUCGCCCUGGCCCUCUCGGUCGCUGCGUCUGCUGCUUCUGGAGCGGGCCCAGAGGCAUGCGGGAACUUGACGCAGACACUCGGUGACAAGAUCGUCGUCUCCAACGCCCACAGCGAACAGUACAUGACAUCCAAGAACUCGUACUUCAACACCGAGCAGAGCAAAUACAAGCCGUCUUGCAUUGUCUACCCAACCUCAGCAGAAGACGUCUCUACCGCAAUCAAAGCGAUCCGCAAGUCCGACUCCCGGUUCGCCAUCAAGGCUGGCGGACACAACCCUAAUGACUUCUACUCGUCUGUCGACAAGGGCGUGCUUAUUGAUCUCUCGUCUCUAACGCAGAAGUGGUAUGAUGAGGACUCGAAGCUCGCGACGUACCAGCCCGGCGGCAAUUUCGGGGAUGUGUACGAGUACUUUGCGCAGUGGAAUCGCACGGUUGUGGGUGCGCGCUUGGCCGGUGUAGGGACUGGCCUUGCCCUCGGUGGUGGUCUUUCGUAUCUCUCCAGCCAGUAUGGAAUGGCCUGUGACUCGUUCCGCGAACUUGAGGUGGUGCUGCCCUCUGGCGAGAUCGUUACUGCGUCGGAGCACAGUAACCCCGACCUGUUCUUUGGUUUGCGUGGCGGCGGUGGGAAUGCCUAUGGUGUUGUCACCAAGUAUACGGUGCAGAGUUACCCGGCGGGUACAUUCUAUGCUGGGAAUGUGUUUUACCUGUUCCAGCAGAACUCGGCUGUGCUGGAUGCGAUCAGUGACUUUGUUCGGUAUAACGAGGACCCCAAGGCUGCGAUUAUCGGGACGUAUAUGAAACUCCCCACCCCGGAUCUGGAGUUCAACCUCGACGAGGCGAUUAUGAUGUUCCUGGUCUAUGACGGCGAGGACGCAGGGGAUGUGUUUAAGAAUUUCACGGACAUCCCGAAUCUGGCGAAUACGCUCAAGCCAAUGGACUACAAUGGUGUCGUGAACUUGCCUCUUCCCGGUAGCGCAUCGCUCAGUAAUGGUCGAAACAACUUCCGGGUUACCGCGCACAGCGGCGACAAGGAGGGUAGCGACAACCUGAACGAGCUGUACGAGAAAUGGCGCACCUGGAGCGAGGAGAAUAAGGGCCAGUACCUCUUGACCUCGUUCGACGUCCAGCCCAUCCCGAAGUCGCUGACGGAUGCCUCGAACUCGAACUACGGCGGCAAUGCGAUGCAGAUGCCGGACGGGCCGUGGUACUGGGUGAAUUAUCUUCUGACGGUGUCGCCGCUCUUGUCGGACGAGGAUGCGCAGAAGGUGGAGGAUAGUUACAGGGACCUUGUUGCGGCGGUGCCUCCCACUGAGGGAUUGCCGCUGUUUAUCAACGAUGCGGCGCAUGACCAGAGUGCGCUGUCUACGUAUGGGGGGUAUGACAAGCUGAAGACCAUCAAGGCCAAGUAUGACCCCGAUGGUAUCAACAAAAUGUCACUACGCUGUCUGCUCUACCUUCUGUUCUCAUCGAUUUCCUUAGCAAGUCAGGAUGUUUUGCGAGAUUCCAAUCGAGACUCAAGCCUGGACUCAUUUCCGCUUCACCCAGUUCUGGCCACAAAGACCAUCACAUAUAAUGAACAGACACCAUUGCCAGCCCAGAGCAAUAGCGACCUGGAUAAUAUAUCCUGCCCCGACUGCUGCUCCGCCGACCACUGCUUCCCAGGAGACUACUGCUACCAGCACAGCGGCAAAGGCUACUGCUGCCCCCAAGGUGUAGAAUGCUUCCAGAUCAGCGGCAGCGUCUGCUUCGACCAGACGAUCGUGUGGUACGAUGAGGUUCACAUUGUGGAGGAUACGGAUAGUGCUGAGGUGGUCACGGCGUGGGAUCUGCACGAGUCUGUGCAGCGUGCGAAAACGAGGCUCACUGUGACGGCCUCGUAUCCGGGCGAGGGUCGUUCCUCGUAUUCGAGUCUUAGUUCAAGUGUUCUGGAGGCAGCGGCGACCUCGUCAUUGGUGUUGGAUACGAUAUCCACGCGGACAUUAACGAGAAUGAGCAAGUUCCUCAAGGCCGACAUUGAAGCGAGCUCGGUUCCGCUGCCGGACGAUCAGAAUGGCCUGGAUAGAUCAUACCCCCCGAAGCGUCGAUCAUACGGCUGCUGCGUGAUCAGCACGCCAAACUCCUCUCGUUUCGCGCAUCACGUCCACAGCCGCUUCGUCCAGAAAUUCCCCUUCUUGGUUGAGAUGUUCUACUGGAUCCUCAACUAUGCCUUCUACUCUUGCACCAAGGCGAUAGCGCAGGCGCUAUCUCCGGCUGGAACGGACGUAGUACAGCUCGCGCAGGACCACGGCAUAUCUAUUCUUGACUUGGAACACCGUUCGAUUUUCAGCAUUUUUUUCCCCGUCGAAGAAUCGGAGUUCCAAUCCUUCUUUCUCAACGGGCAUCCGGGGUGGAUGACGUUCUUCAAUCGGAUCUACUCCCUGGUCCACAUCCCAGGGACCGUCGCGUUCAUCUCAUGGUACUACUGGGCCGCCCCUGAUCAUCACCGAUUUGCGACCGUCCGCCGCACGAUGACGCUUGGAAAUUUCGUCGCGUUUAUCGUCUUCUGUUUCUAUCCGUGCAUGCCCCCGCGGCUGCUUCCCGAGUCGUACAACUUCCACGACACCGUGCGCCAGGAGAACGCAGAGAGCGUCCACGGCAAACCACUACUGGUUCGAUGCGACCGUCGCAAUGUUCUCCGUCGCCAUGUGCUUCGCCCUCAACCGGAUCUGGCUGGUCCUUUUGCCGGCAGAGGAUAUCUUUCUCUGGGUGACGCGACUGGAAAAGCCGGUGCCAACGACUGGCAGCAGGCUUCGUAA